AUGUUUUUUAAACAAUUUGAUAUUUUAGAUAUGAUGCCAACAAUAAAUUCAAAUAAUUUCUUUGGUCCUUUUGGAAACAAGUAUUAUUUCGUCAACAUUCAAUUCAAAAUUUGUAAAUAUUCAAUGACACUAUAUUAA